CUUUUCCACCAAGCAUCUCCCGGCAGAGGAGGCGCCUUCGGGAGAAGAGGCAGCGAGGGCUGCCCAGCCGCUGGGGAGGCGGGUGCUGGGGCUGGGACUCGAGUAAAUAAAAUACUCCUGGGGCGUUGCUCCUCCGGGAGCGCCGGGAACCACCAGCGGCGAGCUCGGGGAGCCGGGGCGGAGCCGGGCGGGGCUGCCCGGACCUCCCUCCUCCCCCGACCCACAGCCCCGUACCCGCCCGGCCCGGAGCACGACGGCAUCGCGGCCGGAGCGCGGCCAUGGGCUCCCGCCUCAGCCGGCAGAGCAGCCUGGAAGAGGAGAGCACCCAGGAGCCCUGCGCCGGCAGGCUGGAGGGCGGCCGGGGCGACUUCCACUUCUCCUCCCUGCUCCUCCAUCCGCAGAAGCUGCCCGGGGUGCUGCGGAAAGCCUCACCGGCGCCCUACGUGCGGCGGGUGGGGUGGCUGCGGGAGAUCCAGGCCACCAUCCGGGAGCACAAGCGGGAGCACGCCGUGCACAUCCUCAGGCUGCUUCGCAAGGACCUGGGACUGGAAGGAACAUUCCUCAAUGAAGUGCUCUACAAAAAUGCGACUUUCCUCAACUUGGUGGAUCCCAUCUCCCACGACUUGUUGAUGAGCCUUGCUAGAGAUCUACAGUGUCCCAAAAAGGAAUAUGACCCUUGGAAAUCCUCAGACAGGAUCUGCAGGCAGCUGAUUUACCACCUAACCCCCCACUCGAAAUGGCACCGGCACGGCAUGCCCCGGAGGAAGUCCCAAGUGUGCCUGAAGACCAGCCUACAGAAGAAAGUGAGCCAGGACUCCAUGGAUUUGUCAGGGAUCCCCCUGACCAUGCGGGAUGUCCACCGCAUGGCCUACUACCUGCACAACAACAAGGACCACCUCACCUCUGUGGACCUGAGCUUCACCGAGCUGAAUGAUGAUAUGGUGCGCCUGCUGCUGCCCUUCCUCUGGGCGCUACCCAAGCUCACUCAUCUUUCCCUCAAUGGCAACCGACUGACGCGGGCGACCAUGAAGGAGCUGACUGAUACCAUGAAGGACAUGAACAAAUUUCCUUGCCUAGCCUGGGUUGACCUUGGCAACAACGUGGAUGUCUCAUCCAUGCCACAGCCAUUGCUCGUGGGCCUGCGCAAGCGCCUCAGCCAGCAGACCACGCUGCCUACCAUCUAUGAGGCGCUCGACUGCGAUUCGGAGAUCUCCAGCGGGCAUGAGGGCAGCCAGCCAGAGGAUGAAGCAGCCGGAAGCACCAUGCCACGUGGUUUUUCUCAGCAGGGCUGCGAGAGGUGACUGGACAACAAGCCGGCACUGGCACAUUGAAGCUGCCCCAAGAAGCCUUGAGUACAAACAUCAAGCAGAGGGCCAGCUUUACCGGCUUCCUUUGGCUCCUUCCUCUCGCCUUCCCUGACAUAUCCCCCCCACCUGCUGUGAGACAAAAGCCUGUCAUCCCCCGACAAUGUGCUCCACUUCCUCCCCUCACUGCAAAACCCAUCGCCCAUGUUCCAGAGAGGAACCAAUGACUUACAGUGAACCUGGUCCCCAGGCAGGGUCUCACUGGAAGACGGGAAAAGACCUGUCGGAGUCAAGAAUAUCCUCCAGCAGCCAUUGGGUUGAGGGAAAUGGAUGGGGGGGAACCUAAAACAGAAACAGGCUUGUAGUUUACUUCCUUUCUUCCUUUUCCUAUGCACCUUGGAAACCUUGGGACCUGCAGCCUAGAGUGUGAAAGGAGGUAGCCCAAGAGCCUAGCUGCUGUGGAGCUUAGUUGAAGGGCUCAGAGGCUAGAGCUGGAGCCCGGCAGUGUGUCUCCCUCUUGUGUCUGGCUCCUUUUGUCUUGUUUUUUUCCUAUUGUGUGUUUUGUAUUAACCUCUGAACAAAGGGACUUGGUCAGAGACCAUUGGAUCGCAUAGGCUGGGGCGGACACAUGGCUUGGAAUUGCAGCAUCAGGAUAUUUGCUGUGUGACCGGGGUGAAAGGGAGGGGAAGGAGGUAUGUGUUGGUGGGAGCAUGGGGGAUGGGAUGAGUUGGGAUGGGAUGGGAGGAAGAGGGAGGAGAGGGAGUGGGAGCAGUCUUGUGGAUUAGCAGGAUUGGUUUCAAAACCUGUGCAUUUGUACUAAAAUUACAAGUUCCAAGUGAAAUGGAGAAAAAGCAGACAGCUAGGUGCAUAACUGUGGCGCUAGAGGAGCAAGCAGUGAACGUGCCAGAAGUGGGCACUUCCCAAAUGAAAGUGCAAAGCUUUGGCUCCUCAUGGCAUAUUGCAUACCUCAUAAUACAGACACAAUGUGAGCAGCUGCAUCACCAUUUCCAAUGCUGUCCAAAACCCAAACCACCAAUGCAAUAUUUCCAGUGUUUUCCACACUGCUCAUGCUCUAUGUAAACAAAAUAAACAGUUCUCUUGGACAUGAGCGUGAAGCACUACGGAGUCUGAGUAUCCGGGUUGUUCACAGCAGCCCAGAUGCUGCAAGAAUAUGGACCAGGAGUCCUCAUGCAGUGCUGAGCAGUGUGGGAGAGGAGCAGCAAGUGCCAUUCACAUUGGUGAAAGUGGUUCAUCCCUCUAAUGAAACGUGGAUAUUCAUUUGUAGUAGGCUGCCACCCAUAAGUGUUGCAAGCUGCUGAUAGAAAUAAAUUGAUCACACUUUAGCUGGUAAGUCAAGUCCUCUAAGUUAUCUGUCCCCACAGGAAUUCAGAGAACAGGUAUGUUUCUGAAAGAGUGAAAAGUUAAAGAAAUUAGACAUAUUGAAAAAAAAACCAAACAUAAAUCCUGGCCCUCCUAAAUUAACAAUGGUAACUUUGCGUACCUCUGCUGAUUCUUUCUGGGAGUCUCAAUACAUAUAAGCAACUCUCAUAUACUAAGCCACACAAAUCCACAUGAAAUAGACACACCUUUCACGCUCCUUGCUGAUUUUACAGACACUGCAGGAAGAAAAUCAAUGAUAUUUUUCAAGCAAUUUAUCCUCUUUGGACAAACAGUAUGAGGGCACUGGACAGUAUCAGACACGAUCAACUACCAAAAGACCCAGUAAAUCCAGUCCCCUGAGGAAGAAAGCUGGGUUUAGGGACACUCUACUGAGUAUUACAACUUGGCACUGCAAAUGCUAGAGCCAGUCCUGUUCGUACUCCAGUCACUGGAGGAGGACCUCAUGUCCUUCAUGUUGUUAACUUGCAAAAAGAAGUGUUGUAAAGUCUGUCCAGCUGAGCAAAAGAAGCAGAAGAUGUAAGAGGGUAAAGCAAAUAUAGCUAGGGCCAGGUGCUAGCUGCCCCAUCCCAGUGGAGGAGGAAGAGAAAAGGCCCUGAGAUAGCCAGAAUGUGAUGUUCAGCCAAGAGGAUGGGGAACACGGCAUGCAAAUGUAGCCAAACACCAGCACAACCCAAGGUGGGAAGCGAGCACGUUCUCCCCUGAACAGCUGUCACCCAACCCCACUUUUUAGCCCUUCUAGGGAAUCUAGAAGUAAAGAAGUCAUUUCUGCAGCAAAGACUGAGUUUAGGGAGCAUGUGGUGGUUUUGCAAAGGGCAAACCAGUGCUGCUAAAGCGGCCGUUCCCAUUACUGAGGGAAAAGCUAUGCUGCUUCCAGAGGUCACCAGCUGCCUCUUCUCACAACUCACUUUUCCCUUCUCAGCGUGGCAUGUUACAGAAUUACAGAAUUGUUCUGGUUGGAAAAGACCUUUAAGAUCAAGUCCAACCAUUAAACCCAACACUGUCAAGUCCACCACUAAAUCGUGUCACUAAGUGCCACAUCUACACAUCUUUUAAAUACCUCCAGGGAUGGUGACUCAGCCACUUCCCUGGGCAGCCUGUUCCAAUGCUUGACAACCCUUUAGGGGAAGAAAGCUUUUGUAAUAUCCAAUUUAAACCUACCCUGGCACAUUUCCUCUUAUCACUUGUUACUUAGGAGAGGAGACCAACACCCCUCUCACUACAGCCUCCUUUCAGGUAGUUGUAGAGAGCGAUAAGGUCUCCCUUGAUCCUCCUUUUCUCCAGGCUAAACAACCCCAAUUCCCUCAGCUGCUGUUCAUAGGUCUUGUUCUCUAGACCCUUCACCAGUUUCAUUGCCCUUCUUUGGACAGUCUCCAGCACCUCAAUGGCUGUCUUGUAGUGAGGGGCCCAGAACUGAACACAGUGUUCAAGGUGCAGCCUCACCAGUGCCAAGUACAGGGGGAUGAUCACCUCCCGAGUCCUGCUGGCCACACUGUUGCUGAGACAAGCCACACUGCCAUUGGCCGCCUUGUCCAGCCGGGCACACGCCAGAUGUCAGCUUACACCCCCAGGUCCUUUUCCACUGAGCAGCUUUCCAGCCGCUCUUCCCCAAGCCUGUAGCAUUGCAUGGGGUUGUUCGAGCCCAGCGCAGGACCCAGCACUGAGCCUUGUUGAACCUCACACAACAGGCCUCAGCCCAUUGAUCCAGCCUGUCCAGAUCCCUCUGCAGAGCCUUCCUGCCCUCCAGCAGAUCAACGCUCCCACCCAACUUGUGUCCUCUCUAAACUCACUGAGGGUGUGCUUGAUCCCCUUGUCCAGAUCAUUGAUAAAGAUAUUAAACAGAACUGGCCCCAAUACUGAGCUCUGGGGAACACCACUUGUGACCAGCCACCAACUGGAUUUAAGUCCAUUCACUACCACUCUUUGGGCUCAGUCCUCAGUUUCCUGCCCUACUGUGGAAAAGAUUAUAUUACUUUUUUCCUUUUUUCCUUCCAAAAUACCUUUUACCAAAAAUGAAAAGCAUUUCAAAUGUCAGCAAGAUCUGCUUAAACUCUUAAAGUCUGAGCAGAGCAGCACUCUGUGCCAAGAAGAAAACUCGGCCAUGAAGCAUUUUAAAUGAAGGCUUGGAGCCACCUGGUGAGUCAGUGGCAUAUCUAGAAAGAGGGAGCAGGAGUGCUGAGCAUUUAGUACCUGGCUCUGAGCACUGUCUCUGUAAGCUGCUGCAUCAAGGCAUUUUCAUAGCUUCUCCAUAACUGUGGCAACCUCCCGAAAUGAGGCAAACCUCCAGCUUGCAGGCCACCACUGACAGCUCUUCCCUGCAGACCUACUGACCCAGCCCCAGGGAGGAUCUGUGCAACCUGUUUUAGCCCUGCUGAAAGUUGUGGGUUUGGUCUGAGCUGUGCUGUGCUAAUCAGCAGAAUGGAGAUGAGACAUUCAGCCCCUUGCAAGGGAAUUCUGUACUAAUCCCUGAUGAUGCCUGGCUGCUAGUUGGCAACUCCAGGAGCUGGAGAUAAAGCACGGCUUGAAACAGACUGGUUCAGCUGAGCAGCUGUGGGACUGUGUUUAUUCCCCCAUACGCACUUGGUUGCUCCGCCAUAAAAACCUCCCCAUGGGGAACUGAUGGUGAAUAAAUACACGCAAAUGCAAAUUAUGAGGUCCUGGCCUAAGAAACUGCCACUGCUGCUUGGAUGAGCUCUGCUGGGCUGCAACUUGGCUGUGGAGAAGCUAUCACAGCAUACUCAGCUGCUCCCUGCCAGCUCCUGACUGCAUUGACAGUGAGGGACUCUGCGGGCACAGUGGUGUGCAUCCAGCUCCAGAGCUGUGAAGUGCCCCCCUAAGAUGAGAUGCAUACUCAAGGAGCAGGCCUGGCAGCCCCAAAUACAGACAAAGCUAGCUUCAUAAAAGCCAAGCUUACAAACCAGAGAGGAUGACAAACCCAAAUGAGCCUUUCCUUGCACUGAAUGAGAAAGUUCAGCGCUCUCAAAGGGGAUUAAAGGGAUGAGCUGCUAAUUCAGGUCUUCUCAUUGAUACCAGAGGGACCAGCUUAGUUAUGCUCCUAAAUCAGGGGAUGCCUGCCCUACAGUGAGCCUCUGUCUCCUGCUAGAUAACACAGCAGGAGAGAUGGAUCCUUGUCAUACCAAAUACUCUCGUCAGUACUGUACUUGCUGGUGCAGGGCUGUAACCUCAGCUACCUAAAGCAGCACACACACCUCAGUAUCAAAGCUCUCUCCAUCAUUUGCAGUUUCCCAGCCUUCCUCUCUGUACAGGUUCCAGCUGGUCAGCCUGUGAUGGGACCUUUGUCACGUAGUAGGGAGGAAACUGGAGCUGCACAGGGUAGUAUCAUAGCCCUUUUCCCCACCUCCGACCUCCCACCAAGUGAUCUCAACGUGAGAUACUUAAGCCCACCUUUCAAAAGCAGGCUUCUGGAAGGAGAGGUCACCAGAUGUAAAGCUAUGCCACACAUUCCCACCACCUUAUUUUUCUCAGGCUUUAUAAAGUACCCACAGGAAACCCUCCUCCUCCUGGGGUCUCUUUUGAGAUCUACCAUUGCAUAGUGGCAGGGUAUGAGAUAGUAAACUCCUCUCUCCACCACAGCUUCCUCCCCAGCAUCCCUCACAGCAGGCAGUUUCACAACAGACCCUCCUGCAUGCUCACAGGGCCACCAGCAGCACCUCACCUCUAAAUGCUGGUGAGCAUGGCUGGCUGGGGUCGGGCAGGCAGCAGAAGCCUCUAGCAGAGCCAGCCCGCAAAGCCCAGCCGCAGGGAGGUGCACUCGUGGGGAUGCUGAGCAGUGUUGGUGCCAGGCAGCAGAGGAAAGGAGGAACAGACCAGACCUUUUCAGUUACCCAAACAGAAACAUGCUUAUUCCCUCUCUACCCAACUGGACAACACCUUCCUCACUCCUCCAUCCUGUAUUUUGCCCCAGCCUCUGACCACAAAACCCAGGGUAACCAUCUUAGAAUGCUCCAGGUGGCAAUAUGCUUAGCCCUGAGGCCGACACAAGCCUCCCUUGUUCCUGUAACUCUAAAUAACUGCUAAUCAUUUUGGUGAGGUAAGGAUGCAAAAACCACCUGGAAGCACAGGCUUGUCUGAUCUAUUUUUAUUUCACACACUUCAAAACCUGUCAAUCCCCUUCUCUUCUGCACACAGGGCUCUUUCUUCAACUUUUUGACUUACAACUCAUUCCUCAUCACAAGCACUUGGAAGAUAAAGGAGUUUGCACUGUUUGGGGCGGGCUCACAGGCUCCUUGGUGGACAGCUGCUGACACAGAUGCCAAGGUAGAAAUUAUUUAAUCUUAAAGCAAACAAGAGAGGAUUAAACAUUUGCCUUUAGUGAUCAUUGUCCACCACCAGAUCAUGUUUGUUUCACAGCUCACCAAGAGCUGUCAAAGAGCUCUUGUUGAGCUGUGAAACAAAGAAGAGGCAAAGGUCUGUUUUUGAAUACAAACUUUUCUCACUAUACUAUCUGGACAGUGCAGCAGGUAUACAUUCUUCCAGGGCACCGGCAGAUGCCCCAGCUCUGAGCUGCUGGGGACAAUUAUCAAUGGACAAAAGAAUCUCUUUUGCAGUUUUCUGGCAUUAAAGAAGUGCUCUUGAAAUAAAUGCAGUAGCUGGCUUAAGGCUGCCAAGAGGUAGUUCACAAACCAAAAUAGACCGGAACACUCUUAGCUGAGGCCAGCACUCCAGGAAGCCAUGACCACAACUUGAUCUACUUCGAGACACUAAGUACUCUAUUAUGAAUCUCUUCUGUUCCUCUCUGACUCGAUAGUAUUCCAGUGAUGAAUAGAGUUCAGUGAUGCCGAUUCAAAACCAGAAUAGCCACGAAACACAAUACUCACUCUUCCCCAGGAUAAGAGUGAAGAGGAAAGUCAGCUUUUCCUCCACAUGCAUUUACUCCUUUCCCAAAUCCCAGCACUCCCCUGCUGCAUCCAAACUGGCUUCAAAAGCAACCACAAAAACACUGACAGAUCUUUUCUACAGCAUCAGGUUUGUUUAGCUUGCAUGCAGGGCAUGUCGCUAGGGUGGAGAAUAGAUACUUUUCUGCUCAAUGAUCAGCCAGUUUCUCCACUUCUGGGAGGAUUAUUUCUCCCAGUGCAUUUUGGAGACAAUCUGUCCCAGGUUGGAUACAACAAUGGGAAGCAUUUGGAAAGCUAUUGUCAUGGUUUAAGCCCAGCCAGUAACUCAGAACCACGCGGUUGCUCGCUCACUCCCCGCCAAGUACACGGGCUUUAUUCAACCUCCGCAACUCCCCUGAAACACACAGGGUCUCGCUAAGCACAAACAUGGCACAAAAAACUGGAAAAAGGCACUUUUCUAGAUGAGCAGCAGCUGCUGCCUUUGGGUCUCCACAUCAGACUUCUGAGCAGAGCUUUGAUCUUGAUCCCCUGAAAUCUUUUGGUUUGCAGAGCCAACAGUUUCAUGUGUGCACCUUUGUCUGAACUCUGCUGCAACUGAAUAAAUAAGUCAGAACCAAA